AUGUCGACGAUGACCAACGCGUACGAGGAAACGAAUCUGGUCAAGACUGAAUUCGUCCAACAGUUCAAAGCGCAAAGCAAACGCGCGAUGAAAGCGGAAGAGGAGAACGUCGAUUUACGCAUGAGAUUGGCGGAGAGCGAACUGAAAAGAGUUUCCACGGAGGCGAAGGUUUUGGCGAUGAUGCCUGAGUCUUCUGCGAGAGGAGGAGCAAAGACGAAAGAAGAAGAAGAAGAACAACAACAACGACGAGGGAAGAAGAGGAGAAGCGCGUCGCCGAUGGUUUCGCCGAGGAGGAGGUCGACCAGAGCGACGAGUGUGGAUAAAGAGAAGGAGACGAGUGCUAUUAAUAGUAACGACGAUGCUGCGAUUGUUUUGGCGACAACAACCGCGAAUAAUAAUAAUAAUAAGCAGCAGCAGCAGCAGCAAAACUAUUCGCCUUCGAUGAUAAAACGAGAAGUCGAGGCUCGAGAACUGGCAGAAACCGAACGCGAUAAACUUCGCGAGCAGUUGCUCGCUUUGAAAACGAGACACGCAGCUCUGGAGAAGAAAGUGAUGGACGACGAAGGCGACGAGUUGGAGGAUAAGGUGAGAGAAGAAAACGAGGUUAUUGAAAAAUUGCGCAAGAGAUUGGAAAAAGCGGAAACGGUCAACGCCGAGUUGGAGAUGGAAGUCGCGGAUUUGCGAGGGAAAAGAAACGAGAGGAAAACGGUCGAGGCAAAGUUAGAGGAGGCUUUAGAGAUGAACGAGGGGCUGAAGAGCGCGCUCGAGGAGGAAAAGAAAGCGUUGUUGGAGAAUACGAAUUUGAACUCGUUGCCGAAAUCGCCCGGCGGCGUCGGCAAGAAAGGAAAAGGGAAGAAAAACGACGAUGAAAAAGAACACACGAUUAGGAUUUUGAGGCAAGAGAUGAAAAGUUUAGAAGCGUCGGCGUCGAGAGGUGACAUGUUGCACUCGAAGAUGGUUUCCGUGGAAGCCGUGGAGGAACGUUUGCGCUCGACGGAGGCGAAAUUAUCGCGCGCGAAGGAAAGCGUACGCGCGAAAGAGAUUGAGAACGAAAAGUUACAGCGUGCGUUGAUGAAUGCCGGGAAAUGGACGUCGGCGUCGUUGUUAGAUGAAGGACCGGAGGAGUUGAAGAACAGAGUUGGCGUGUUACAAACGGAAACCAUAGCUCUUUCCGAAAAGUUAGCCGAGGCGACGAAAGCGUUGAAAGUCGAACAGACGAAGAGAGAGUUAUUCGAAUCUAAAGCCAAGGAGGAAGAAAAACUGAAAGACGCGUUGGAAAAAGAGUUGGAAACGGCUAAAAUGGACGCGUUAAACGCGAAAUCGAUCGUCGAAGCGAAAGACUCCGAGAUUGCCAGUUUACAAAAGAUGGCUGAAAACGAGAGAAAAGGCGAGAAGAUUUUACAAACGAAAUCGAGCCCGUUUACGAACGAAAUCAUCCGAGGCUUGGAAAAAGAAAUCACCAGGUUGAAAAACAACAACGGCAAUAAUAAUAACAUCAAUAACAACACUUCUUCCUCGUCGGAUGACAUCAUAUCAAAGUUACAAAAGAAAGAGCAGCGUUUACUGAUGGCGUUCAAAUCCACGGUGCUCAAAUUUCGCGAGGCGGUGAAACUUUUGUUUGGAUUUAACAUCGAACUGGUUGGCGAAAAAGCGUCAAAGACGCAAUUUUUAAUCACGAGCAACGCGAACGAACACGCGUGUUUGUUGUUCAAUUACGACGAGGCGAAGCAUUCAGUCUCGCUGGAAAAAAAUGACCCGUCCUGGGAGAAACAAAGCGAAAGUUUAAAGAAAAAUUUUACGCUGUACGUCGAGAAAGAAGACGACGACGACAAGAAGAAGAGCAUUGCCGGAGUGCCGGCUUUUUUGAGCAACUGGAACAUGGAGUUUUAUAAUAACAAUAGUGUUAACAAAUAG